AUGCUAAGAAUAUCAAAGACAUUGUUUUCAAAUCUGACCAAUAUCAAUCGAUUUGCUUAUCAUACCAUAAGUGAUCAAAUAUAACUUACAGAUUUUUGUAUUAAGGAAAUUUAAAGAAAGUAAACAACCAAGUUUCGAAACAAAUUCUUAAGAUUAGGAGUUGAUGGAGCAUAGGGAUGUUCAGGAUUUAAAUACUCUUUUAAUUUUGAUGAUUAAAUCUUAGAUGAUGAUUAUGUUCUGAAACUAUAAAACGAAAUAAUAUUUGUUGUUGACGAAAUAACACUCAAAUUUGUUAAUGGAUGUGUUAUUGACUAUGAAGAUAAGAUGAUAAGAGCAGCAUUUUAUGUCUAAGAGAAUCCAAAUGCAGAAAAGUCAUGCAGUUGUAAAGCAUCAUUUGCUCCAAAACCUGAGUUAUUAUGACCAUUAUAUAAUUAAGCCAUAUUUUAAUCUUGAAUACUAAAAAUUAAUCAAAUACAUUUUUACUUCAUUAAAAA